AUGGAUUCAGGAACGGAAAGCCAAGAUCUCCACAGCUCCUCCAUCCGAAGCCCCACUGACCAGCCUCCCCUCCAAAAGAAUUCCUUAGAAGAAAGAAGCUCAGAUGUGGAGGAGAAACCACUGGAAGAAAAAGGCAAGACUUCUUCCCAGUCUACAGAGACCAGCACCCAAAGAGGAGAAGCAGGGAGCUGCUCCAGUCAGGAGAGCUCCAGGAAGAGGAAAAGAGGCUCCAGGGACAGCCCCUGCGAUAGGGCAGAGCCCUCCCUGGGAGAGGACUGCAGGGUGACUGUUAAAAAGAGAGGACAGAGCCCUGAUGCCAGCCACAGCAGCUGCAGCCAAGAGCCUGGGGACCCGUGCCCCAGCAGAGCCCAGAGGAAGCGCCCCGGGCACAGGAAGCAGCCCAGACCCAGGCCCCGGGAAGCCCAGCCACCUCUGCUGCGGAAAAGCCUGGUGACUUCCCUGCGCACCAUGUCUGAGGCCACUUACCACACCAUCGUCCAGAUGCAGAACCAGCAGGCUGCUGCCCCGCUGAGCUGGGACCACUAUGCCCUGCUUGCCCAGCUGCGGGGGCAUUUGCACGCCCAGGUGCAGACCAUCUAUGCCCUGGCCACCCAGGCCGCCUAUGUCUUUCCAGCUGAGGAAUGGCUCGUCCCAGUCCCUCUGUCGGGUCCCUCGGGUCCAGAGGGAGAUGGAGGAGAAGCCCAGAGCCCUUCCUAG